AACUGUAGACAGCUGCUGUGACAUAUGGAAAAGAAAAAGACAUGUUGCGCCUGUAGAAUCCGAACGAAUUCGACUGGGACUCAAUUUUAAGGCGAGCCGAAGCACUCCGUGGCGAAUCUGACAGGAUGGGCGAACCGAAGGCCAGCGCUGAUCCUUUGGAGGAGCAGGUUUUUAACUGCGAGGAGGAGGCUAACGCUAUUAUCAACGAUGUUAAGGCCCACGUCGCGGAGAUCUGCAUCUCAUCCAAACUGGUGAGCGACGCCACGCAGAUCUACCUCAACAUCCGCACCAUCGAGAGCGCUACGUGCUGCGUGCAGGUGACCAGCCGUGGCUUCAAGAUCGUCUCCUCCCAGUACGACACCAUAGAUGAGGACCCGCGGAUCUCCGCCCUGCUUCGUGACGGACCAGAGCAGGACAACGACAGCGAGGAGCAGGAGGAGAUCUUCGAGACGCCCUACGCGCUGUUGGACAAGAUCAGCCCUCGCUACGUGGAGUCGUUCGGCAACCAGCUGUGCCAGCAGCUCAGACAGCUGCAGCAGAUGAGGACCGCAUUUCACGAGGAGGACGAGGAGGAGGAGGAGUGAUGGCAACCCGACUCCGGCCCCCAUCCGAGGCAGUUUACUCUUAGACAGAAGAUUUUAAAGUUAGUUUAAUUGAAUGUUUACUCGUAAUGACAGAGCAACAGCUCCUAUUUCCUACAUAUUUAUGUGUGUCUGUGCCGCAAAAGUAUUCCCGCGAGAGCUGGUCAUGCAGUCGCCUCAUUGCACCACACCCUCUCCUUGCUUAGCAAACAAAUACCGCUCCAGAUCCGCUCUAGACCUUAAGGCGUUUCAAAAAUAAAGAUUGUGAUUGCAA